GCUGCCGCGGGGAGCGGCCCGGGGAGCGAGAUGAAGCGGAGGCUGGGAUGGAGAGGGAUUCGACGGCGGCGGGCGCUGCCGCCCCCUCCCCUCGGAGCCCUCUUGGGGCUGUCCGGCCCCGCCAUCCCGCGUCGGGGGGUCCGUGCGUUUCUCGGGACGCGAUGUUGGUCGGAAGCGGCAGCGCCGUGUCAUUGUCCCGGCAGGUCCAGAGCACCGGCGGCAGCAGCGCCGUCAGCAAGUGCUCGGCGGCAGCGCGUGGCUAUAUCCAGGACCGGUUCCUGCGGCUUCUGGCGGGACGGCGGAGGCGGCGAGCGCCGCUUAUUCACCGGGGUUAUUACAUCCGUGCCCGUGCUGUAGAUCACUGUGUUCAGGACUUCCUGCUGAAGACACAAAGCCUACCCAGGACGCAGAUCCUAUCUUUAGGUGCUGGCUUUGAUUCCUUAUACUUCCGUUUGAAGGAUAUGGGUCUUUUGCGUCACACUGUGGUAUACGAGGUAGAUUUCCCAAAUGUGGCAUGCCAAAAAGCUACUCUGAUCAAAGGAAUGAAAGAGUUGUCAGCACUGGUGGGAGACACUGGAGGGGAAGGAUUAGGAGCCAUUGCCUUUUCUGGAGAGGAUUAUAAAUUACUGGGAGUGGAUUUAUCAGAGCUGUCUGAUCUGGAGAGAAUCCUGGAGGAAGCAGGACUGAACAAUGAAAUCCCCACCCUCUUCAUCGCAGAGGUGGUGCUCACCUACAUGGAGAACACCAGGUCAGAUGCCUUGAUUCAGUGGGCAGCAGAGCAUUUCCCUCAGGCAUGCUUCGUGGUGUACGAGCAGGUGCACCCAGAGGACGCCUUUGGACACGUCAUGCAGCAGCAUUUCAGCCAGCUGAGCACUGCACUGCACUCACUGGCACAGUACCCUGACUGUGAGGCACAGCAGAGGCGCUUCCUGGGGAAGGGCUGGACUGAGUGCAGUGUCAUGGAUAUGAAUGAGUUUUUCACCUGUUGUAUUCCAGAAGAUGAGCAGCAAAGAGUGCAGACUUUGGAGCCUUUUGAUGAGUAUGAGGAGUGGCAUCUGAAGUGUUCUCAUUACUUUGUGUUGGCUGCAUCAAAGGGGAUGGAACCUUCCUGGACUCCGUUGUUACCCAGUGUGACAGUUCCCCAUCAAGCUGGUCCAGUUGGGAUGGCUGGGAGUGUCCCUGCAGCAGUAUGUGCAAGGCUCUCAGGAAUUCCUGGCUUGAGACGUUAUGGUCACCACUCUGUUCUUAUAAAACCCAACGUGAUUCUUACCACGGGAGGCUUUGGGGAGGAGGAUGGACAACACUGCCGCAUGAGAAAUUUCCACGUGCUGAGUAAGCAGGCAGGCUGCUGGGAAGCUGCCUGUGUAACACAGAAUAUUCCUGAUAAAAGAUGGGGUGAGAGGUUGUACCAUACUGUGUCUUGUGUCUCGGACACUCUGGCCCUGGUGGUAGGAGGACGAACAUCCCCAUCGAGUGCAGGCUUGGGAAUGUUGUGGCUGAAGUUCCCCAAAACCUGUAAUGCUUCAGGCCCAGAUGAUGUUGCAGUGGAGCUUGUAAGUCUGCCAGCUGCUGCUGAAGCAGCACUUCUACGUUGGAGACACAGCACGACUGAAAUGACAUUCAAAGGUGAGCAGUACCUGUUUGUGUAUGGUGGCCGUUCUGCUCUGGAGCCUGUGCUUGGGGAUUGGUAUUUCCUGCACACUCCAGAACUCUCCUACACUGCGAUUGCUGUUGAAGGUGCACUUCCAGAAGGCCGCCACUCCCACAGUGCCUGCAGCUGGGAAGGAGGUGUGCUGAUUGCAGGAGGUCUGGGAGCAGCUGAGCAGCCCUUGGGUUCAGUUUUCCUUCUGAGGGAGCUUGAACAUGGCUUUCAGUGGCAGACAAUAGAGACACACCCUCCUCUUGUCCCAAGGUAUUCACAUACUGCACAUGUGCAUGAUGGAAAGCUUCUGCUUGUUGGUGGAGUGUGGUUUCAUGCAUCAUCUGUGCCAGGUGUCACUGUCAUUGACUUAGUGACUGGUCUCUGCUUGGACUAUGUGAUUAAUGUGGAGCACCUGGAGUGGCCAUUAAUGCUGCAUAAUCAUAGCAGUAUCUUUCUGCCGAAUGAGAAGGAGCUGUUGGUUAUUGGCGGUGGUGGAAAUUGCUUCUCCUUUGGGACACACUUGAACCCAGAGCCUGUCUGCCUGAGCCUCAGCAGCAUCUUGAUCAGUCACUGAGUGGGACCAGGCAGGACUGAACCGUACUACGGCACUGUGGGGAGACAUCUAUUCACUCUAGGUCCAAAAGCAGCACGAUAUUUUCCCAAAGGCUUUGCAUCCAGAAUGCAUAUAUGAAGGUGGGAUCAAGAGGGACAGUUACAGCAAGGAAUUCACACCUCACUGGCUGUUGGGCUUUUAUGGCUCUUUGUGUUGCUGUAAAUAAAGUACCUCAAAAGCA